AUGGCGGACGUCUUCUGGACGCUCCCGCCGGUCUCAAGAACCAUUACAGCUCUCGCCGUUACCGUCUCAGCUCUGGGCUAUUCGGGCCUGAUUAGUCUACGUCAUUAUGUCUUCUUUCCCGAGAUGAUCUUCACCACCAAGGUGAUCCCGCAGAUAUGGCGGAUUUUCACGGCUUUCUUAAUAACGAAGCCCAAGUUUGCUAUUCUGCUGGACCCAUACUUCCUAUACCAGUAUGGUAGCGGAUUGGAGACGGAGUCAGCGCGGUUCUCCCAACCGGGGGACUUCUUCGUCUACACCAUGUUUUUCUGUUCUCUCGAUAACUCUACUCUCCUUUUCCCACAACCACCUCGGAUUAUCUGCCCGCCCAGCCUAUUAUUUCUAGCUGAAGCGGUUCCUGGAACCGAGGGAUAUUACCCCUGCAUGUCUGUCAGUCCCGUCAUUCGCAAAACAAAACAGGUGCUGGUUGGCAUGUGGGCAUGGUGGGAACGCCAGUUGAGAAAGCAUAGCGAAUGCGACCACUUGCUGACAUGUGUCAAGGGCCUCGCAGGAAUGCUCCUCGGCUCGUAUACCUUCCUCCAAGCGCUGGUACUUGCCUAUGCCUACACAUAUGCGCAGGACAAUCCGACACGUCAGGUGUCAUUCUUCAUCAUCAACUUCGAUGCCAAAUACCUGCCGUUCGCCAUGCUUUUCUUGACCUUCAUCAUCGACGGGCCUGAUGCAGCUAUGACACAAGGCACAGGACUCCUGGCUGCCCACCUAUACGACUUCCUCACGCGUAUUUGGCCUACGUUUGGUGGAGGGAGGAAUUACAUCUUCACGCCACGAGUAGUCAAGGGCUGGUUCGGAGCCAAACCCGGUGCUGCUCAGCAGAGAGCGUACGGCACCGCCUUCCAGGGUCGCCCUGCUGACGAUUCCACUGCUCGCACGACCGGACGAAGCACGUUCGGUGGUCCUGGUCGACGCCUUGGGGAUUAG